AUGUCCGCUCAGUGCACGGCCACUGUCGAGGACAUGUCGUGUGCGUGCGCGCCCGCGGCAUUGGGGCCGUUCCAUGGUGGUGGUGAUGAUUGCGCGUCGUCGGCCGCGCCCGAAUCAGAGGCCUCGGAUAUCUUCUGCGUCGAUUGCGACGACCCGAUCGUCAUGGGCCCUCCCAUGAUGGGGGUCAUGGCCUACCCAGCCACGGGCGUCUCCCCCGCGAAGUACAGGUGCACGUGGUGCAACUCCCUGAAGCGGAGGAUCCAGCAGAUUCGCAAGGGUAGGCCUGAGGCCUUCGCGCAGUGGACCCACAUCCCGCCCGAGGACAAGAAAGCGUUCUGCAAAGUUGCCGCGCACUUGUACGGCGAGGACCUGGUCAAAAAGAUGACCGAGUACAUCGAGGUGGUGCACGAGAAGAGCAACGAGAGCGCUUGGAAGGAGAAGGGCGAUGCCAUUCUGUUGUCGGAGGCAAAGGAGCUCCCACGCUUCGUCCGCGAGCCGUGGGCGUUCGACAACUUGGUCAGGAACGUGGGCACGUUCAAGUGCGAGCACACGGGCCAGGAGUUCAUCGUUGUUCCUGGGUAUUCUUUCGAGAACACGUCGAAGGAGGUGCAUAGGGAGACCAACAGCCGCACCGUCGAGCAGCUGCCCAUGGGGCUUGCCAAGAAGGUCGGCCAGGCCUUGGAGAGUUUGCGGGAGUCGAAGCUGGACAUUGGAAAGUGCCUCGCGCUGGCGGAGUCGGAGCAAGGCGGCGAGUUCGUGCCCGCCCGUCUCGUGGCCAAGCUGAAGAGCAUGCAGGGCGAGAUCACCACCUUCACCGUGCAGCUGGACGUCUCGGCGAAGGGCGCAGACAAGGAGGGGGCCGCGAAGGCGAUCCAGGCGGCCAAGACUGCGGUCUGUGACCAUGUCACCCUGAUCGACCAGAUCAACGGCCUCCUCGAGGACAUGCCCGCGGAGGUGCGCUCGGCGCUCCUCCCCGACGAGCCUGCGGGGGCGAAUGGGGAGACGGUCGAGGCGGCGCCCGACGGGGCGGCGCUCGGCGAGGCCGCGGUGGAGGCGGGGGGAGACACAGCGGCGGCGACCAAGUGCCAGGAUCGUGCGCCUACGGCCGAGGUGACAGCCGCGAGGGGGAGUAAGCGUUCGGCCGCCGAGGCCUCGGGUGGGAAGGGCCGUGGCCGCGUCGCAGCCGCUGCCGGCGUCAAGGGCAGCGGCAGGGGCCGCGGCCGCGGCGCGGGCAAGGCCAAGGCCAAGGCCAAGGCCAAGGCGUGA